CUACCUAUACCGUCUACUAUACCCUACGUACGUACACAUAGGACCUACAGUAAGAAUAGUUCCGUUUGCGCAUUAAUCGAGAAGCAAAGCCGAGAAGGGUGUUUUAUUUCCAGAUGACCAUUGCGGCUCCAUUGCUUUGUGGUCGUAUUAUUAGGUCAAUUACCGGCUUAUAACUUGGACAGGAGAGGAGCAUGCGAUUUUUAAGGUCAGUUAUCAUCAUUAAUUAUGACUGAUGAUGGUUGUAAUAGUUGAAGGAAUUGCUACACUUCAGAAAGAAACAAUGUUUACAGGAACUGAUCAGAGGAUAGGUGAAAAGAAUUGCUUUCAUCGGAUCUUGAGGAAACUAUGACAGUAGCGAUUACCGUGAAGUUUGAGAUGUCUUUGACCAGUGCCCCAAGCAGAAUACCAAAUGAGGAACCAGCCACAGAGGCAGUCAUCCAGUAGAGACUCUAGUUCUUUAAACUGGAGAAACCGUGCCAUCUCACCUGGUCAGCAUAAUGUUAACAUUCUUGAGAUUAGACCUGGAAGGUGGCUUCGGAUUGAAUAUAUCCUUGGGAAGCAUCGCCAGGGCGAUGACCGAAACUCACAAGUUGGAUCAUCUGGGAAACCCAAUGGUGGCCCCAAUAUGAGAGAUCUUUCUGAAGGAAGCAUCAUUAUGAACAAUGAAGGUUCAGAACAAGCCUCUAAUACUACCUCUAACAGUCUCCACAGAGAGAAUCUACCCUCAGGAGACAAUGUACAUACGCAUAAACUAAGCAACUCGACUACCACAGCAGAGAACGACAAUCACCAGAGUCCAGUGGCCAAAGCAGAUGCUGUCGGCAGCAGCACUUACGGCAAGGUAGCUGCAAACCAAAGAAAGAGUGUUCGGAGCAAAGGUCAUUCAAAGUCGAAACAUUCGCAGCAAAAUCAACAGAAUUCCAAGUGGUCCAGUCAGGUUUCCCUCAUCUCUCUCAUGGAGGAACCUGGUACUGUGCUCUUCUUUUUUCAUGGGGUUGGAGGAUGUGCAGAAGUAUGGUACCACCAGUUGCAAUACUUUGAGGAGGCUGGCUUUGAGAUGGUAGUGCCUGACAUGCUUGGGCAUGGAUUCAGCAGAGCCCCGAAGGAAAUGGCUGCUUACAAGUUUGAAGAAUUGGCUGAAGAUGUGCUUGCAAUAUUUGAUCGCUAUGCAAAGAAGCGGAAUGUCCUGAUUGGUCAUUCAUAUGGUGGUUCAUUCUGCACCUUGAUUGCGAAGGAGAGGUCAAGAAAGGUUACCAAGGUUGUUUUGAUCAGCAAUGGAGGUCCGAUUCCCCUCUCACCUGAGCCAUGUCAUCUGUUCUGUCUUCCAUCGUUUUGCCUUGCUUGUAUCAAGCCGAUUAUCAAUAGAACAUUUGCAAGACAAGCCUUUCAUACCAAAGAUAAACGCUCUGCAGUUGACUUGAGAAAUGCCUUUGACAUCCCUGCUUACGUUCUACGUGCCACCAUGCAGGGACAGUACUGGCCUGAAGGAGGGAGUGACUACCAUUCGUCACUCUCAGUGGGUGUCCUUAUCAUCCAUGGACGCCAGGAUGAGCUCGUGCCUCAGGAGGAAUCAGUAACUAUGCAAGAGACUAUUUAUGCAUCUCAGUUGGAGGUAGUGGAAUCAGCCGGUCACAUGGUGAUGGUGGAGCAACCACAGAGGGUCAACGAACUCAUCCAUUCAUUCAUCCUGAAAGACAUGACCAUCAGUCUGGCGAUGCAGCAGAGUCAUGUGACCAAACACAUGACCAAUCCCCCUGAUGCAGCUGCCUUCCUUCCCUCACCCGUACAAAGACACAAGACGGUGCCAAACUUCUCCAUUACGUCAUGACACACAAGCAGAUCUUGUGCAAGUAUAUAUUCCUAACACCUAAUUUCUUCAUUACAUGCCUCUUUCAAUUAGUUAGAUCACCUUGUUAAAUCAAAAUUUUGAAUUGAAUUAAAUUAAGGUUUAUAAUUAAGUACCUUUAGAAUAUUGAUCAUGAUUGUCUUUUUAGCAAGGACACUUUGCUAGUUACCAUUGAUGCAACAGGUUCCAAAUAAUUAUGUUUACCAUCCAGGGUCCUACGCAAGAAAGUUAGGAAAUGUCAAUCACAUUAUGAACGGAUUCUGAAGGUUCCAUAUUGUUCGAAGCGUAUUACAAUAAGUUCCCCGUUGGACAACUCAGCUGAGGACGACUCCAACCUUACAACUAAGGAUGUGCAUUUUGUCCUGAAAAUUUGACAAGCAAAAAAAAAAGGUCUUCAUUCCCGAAAGACUCGCCCCGAAGAAUAACUCCCUCGGAGGACAACUCCCCCUGAGGACCUCUCCCCUGACGACAUUUCCCCCAAUUACAGGGUAAAUAAAUGGCGUCAUAAUAUUCAAGGGGGGGGGGGUAAAACGAUAGUUCACCACCCCGAACAAUAUGUUCGCUGCUUGAAUGUACAAAAGGAUAACUCCGGAGGACAAUUCCCCUGGUGGAGAGCUCCCUCACCCAUUCCAUUCAGUGGCAUGAAGAAAAUGGAAGAGAGGGAGAAGAAGAGAGGAGAUGGAGAAUGAAGAAGAAAUUAUUUCUAUUAUAUGCAAUCAUAUCAUUACAGUGAAUCAUUAUGCCUUGAAACCCAUCGGGGUAUGAUUUUACAUAUCGUCCCCCUACCUGGAAUCUUUUGUUGGCACUUUUUCAUCCUUUCCAUGAGAUAUGCAGCCAUUAAUACUUUUUGAUCCCCCUUCCUUCCCGAUCUUAUUAUCUAUCUUUAUGCCAUGUUAUACUUUUGCUUUUUUAUUAGAUGUAUGAUAAUGCAAGUUCGCUUUAUCUUUUAUUUUCUAAUAUCUUCGAAGAUGAAGAUUGCAAUACACUGGUUGAAACUGUGUGGCACUGAAAUCCGGUUGGGGUGGGGGUUAAGUAGCUUCCAUUGAAGAGUGAAGAGUGGCUAGCAUCUGUAAGAAAAGAACAUGCGGAAAAGGGGUGUCUUUCAGGGGUAGGUGCAACCAGGGUUGUGAUAAAAAACGUUUUUUAUUAAAAAAAACAAAUAAAACGUUUUUUAUUGUUUUAAAACGUUUUAAAUCGUUUUAAAACGUUUUUUUUCCAACGAAUGAUGCAAUUUUCUCUAAAUCAAUUAAACUAUACACUAAAUACAGUAUGAUUUAAGCUCUUAAUGUUUCAAAUAAGAGAUUACCACAAUUUUGUUAAUGAAUUUACAACAGAAAAGUUCAUAUUUCCCCCAAAAUUACUAAAUCAUGGAAAUUGAAUGCCUACAAAAAAAGAACACAUUAAGUAAUUUGACAUUUUAUUCCCUAAUCUAAUACAUGAACAUAUACAUUAGUCUGAAUCGAGGGGGGGGGGGGCGAGGAGAAUUUGCACAAUGGAAGAAAUUGACGUACAUGGGGUUUCAAAGCUUAAUUUCAUUACCAGUAAAUCAAUAUGCUUUAUUUCAUUUGAAUCAAUUAUACCAAUUUUAGUGCAUGAAAUACAAAUUCAAUUCAAAUCUAUAAAUAAAGCCCUUGAACUACAUAUUUUUUAAUUCAGGAAUUCUGAUCAAAUGUAUAUUAAAAACAAUUAGUAGGCCUAUAGAAUGUUUUUUUAACCCUAAUAAGACUGGGGGGGGGGGCUGAUUCAGCCCCCCUCGACAUUUUUUGCGAUAAAUCCACUGCACAUAUUUUUUUUUACCGCGUCACUCACAGACUUUCCUUUUUCAAGUCUCACGCAACUUUUGAGACCAAAAUUGCGACCCCCUGGUAUGCGGUUCCGAAAUUAUGCAACAUUUUGUAAGUGCAUGCAGACCCAAAAUUGCUCAAAAAAGUGAAUUUGUGUACAAAUCUAAUUCAAAUAGUGUUUUUAGCCAUAAUUCAUAAAUGUGCCAUUAUUUUUCCUUUUUACUGAUUAAAAUAAAUUAAUUUCACCUUGUUUAUGGUCAAAAUAUAUAGUCCCUGACUAUUUCCAUUGAAAAAACAAUAAAAUACAUAAAAAAAUAAAUGUGAUGUUGAAUUUUUUUAAAAGAACAUUAAUUUGAUCAGAUUCCUAUAAAGGGUUUGUGAACCAAAAAUGAUAAUUUCAGGGGCAUUAUUUAGUUAAUUAGAGCAAACUUUUGAUUUUACGCAUAAAUUAGCAAUGAGAUUUAUGCAAAAUUUGAUUUAUAGUUUUUUAGAUUAUGCCAUGGGUAAUGCGUGUGCCAAUUUUCGUUGUGAUCCCGCGAUCGACGGCCCAGAUCAUAAGGGGGGCCCCCUCAGUCUUCUUAGAAAACAAAAUAGCCCAGUCUAUUUAGGUUACCGGUAUUAUGUUUUUUUUAAUUGUUUUUAUUGCUUAUGUACAGAGUUUUUAAACUUUUUUU